GGACGGCCUUUCUCUCAGUUCCAUGACAUGAAGCCCCACUACUUCCCCCUGGCACUGCUGGCCGCCCUGCUCGCUCUGUGCCGGGGCUACACCCUGAGGAGCUCCGUGUCCUGGGUGGUGUCCUCCAACGAUGUGGUGGAGGACGCCGACCUGUCGGAGGAGGUGGCCCCGGCGCUGCUGGUGGACGGAGCGGGGCUGUGGAAACAGGCGUACCCGUCCUCAGACGUCCUCGGAGACGGAGUGGAGAGCCCCGGGGAGCUGGUGAAGCCCGAGAGCGACGGCGUGGCGCAGCUCUCCUCUCGGCUCUUCUCCUAUCGGCUGGAGAAGGUGAAGAAGUCCGCGGGCAGCUCUCCUCCUCCUCACCAGGAGACCGCCAGGACCGCCAGAUACAUCGCCCACUACAGUGACUGGGGACACUUGGCCACCAUUUCCACCCAAGACAAGAUCAAAGGUCUCCCCUUUGGGAACAUCUUCUCCGUCAGUGAUGGGCCGCUGGACAACAGCACUGGAGUGAUCUAUUUUUAUGUGACUCCGAUGGACAACACUGUGUCGGACCUGAAAAGUAACCCCUAUGCUUCUCUCACCUUCUCAGAGGCCGAGGGAGAAUUCUGCCGGCAAAUGGCGUAUGAUCCAGAGGAUCCCAGAUGUGCUCGACUCACACUAACAGGCAAGAUGGUGGAGGUGGCGCCAGAGGAGCUCACGUUUGCAAAGGAAGCAAUGUUCUCAAGACAUCCUGUGAUGGCAAAGUGGCCAGUGGGACACAAGUGGUUCUUCAUGAAGCUAGAGCUGAUCCAGGUCUGGCUGCAGGACUGGGUCGGAGGAGUAUCGCUUAUUCCACUGGAGGACUACUUCAAAGCCACGCCUUUCUGAGAAUCUCCCUCCUCCUGCAUCAUCAUCCUGCAAAUACAGAGCAGUUCAGCUGUCUGUGUUAUCUGCGGCUAUCACUCCGCUGGGGUGUGAGAUUCUUACAGCAGUAAUGUGCAAAGAAUACUUCAGUUUUUAAAAAAAAGACUGUUACUCUCUUAAUUAGUGAGGAGGAUUGUUCUUCAUGAUAGCUCUUUUACUUUUCCUACACUUCGGCUUGUCACUCAAGAUCAGUUAAUCAGUUUUCUUUGCUUGACGUGUGAAUGUAUUUAUAGCCAUUGAAAUAGUUAAACUGAAUGAUUACUUUCUGUGUCAUUUCAAUAAACACUGAUUCAUAUUUUAUGCUCUAAGAUAUGUGUGCCGUUUCAAAAAUAAAUGAGUAUUAGCACACCCAAUUCUUGAGCAUAAUUUUUGGAGUAUAAAUAUUGAAAGGGAAUUGUAAUGUCAACACUCUUGACCUUGAUUUUUUUUCACUUUGAGACGAAAAUGUAAAUGAAGAUCAUGUUUGUUGAUUAAAGUUACAUGACUCAGGUUAUUAAAAGAUAUAAAUCAGCACCAUAGUAGCAUCUAUGAGUGGAAAUCAGUCAUUACACAGACUGUAUGGUGUUGAAAGCAAUCUCAGCUCAGGGUGUGUUUAAUAGUGGUUCUAGAGCUUUUAUCAUGUCGCAUUACUUUGAUUAAUAAUUUUCUAACUUUAAAUUUCCGUAUUUUUCUGAGAACUUGAAGAACUCCAUUUGUUUGAUUAAGACCACAUGAUUGGAAGAUCCAGAAUAUACAAUGAAAUGAGGCUGUUUUGUCAAGUGCUGGCAAAAACAAACUCUGAUCCCAAAUUAGUAAUAUGCUCUGAUAUUGUGUGUGUACAGCUGCUCAAAUAAAGCAUGAUACCAUAUCUGCA